CGUGGCUGCCUGCCUGCCGCCUGCCUGCCUGCCUGCCGCCUGCCUGCCUGCCUGCCUGCCUGCCUGCCUGCCUGCCGUGGAUGCCGGCGAGCAGGGGGGGGCGGUCUUCUCAAAUGCGAAGAGCCGAGGCCGAAUAAGAGCCCAAUAACAUAGACAGGAGUACCUCAAUAAAAUGAGUAAUUGCAGAUAGGCUGCACUUUUAAAUAAAUUCAUUCGUUCGCCUGGAAUUGAUCGGAUUCACCCCACGAAUGCAGUGCAUUUGUAAGGAGCUAAGGAUUUCACUUUCUUUUUUUUUGUGGGAGACGUGGAGAAGUUUGUUUCCGUCCGCUGCAGAGCGAUACUUUGGAAGGCAUAGGGAGACAGGAGACACCGCGGCCGACGGACGGGCCUACUGCUAUGAUUGGAUUUGAUGUUGGGCUACUCCAAGGAAUUUGCCUCGUUUGUGCAACUUUAUCAUGCAUCUUUAGGUCCCCCACCCCCCCCCCCAUGAGUGUCAGCCGAGGGCUACGGCUCAGCGGCGGCUCCUCGACACUGGAGUGGUUGCUCACUGUAGUCGGAGCCCUUUAAUUUGUCCUUCCCCUCCCAACUCCAUCCUGUGCUGCUAGCCCUCGCUGUAGCCCGCCCUCCCCUUCCUCCCCCCUUCCCCAACCACCCGAGUGUCGCUGUGCCGGACGGACGUCAUGAGCAUAGUAAUCACUCUAGGAGUCACCACACCUGAAACGUCUUACACAGAAAUGGCUGCUGGAUUCGACCCUGAAUCUGUUGAAGCAAGCCCCGCCGUGAAUGAGAAAAACUUCAACAACCACACUUGUGGAAGUGCACAAAGUCAUGGGUGUUGCGGACUACCGUAUGCUACCUCCGGUGCUGACUGGCAGCGCGACGCCACCGCAUCUCCUGCGACGGCUGCGUGGACGGAGGGAGAUUCUUGGCUCCACGGACGGCUGACACGGCCAGGAGGUCCAGCGAACAAGGAUCACAACUAUGGUGCCCCCCCUCCUCCCACACCGCCCGCUUCCCCGCUCUCUCAAACCACGGUCGGGCGAACGGAUCUCAACGGCGCCGUCCGCGGUUCCCGUUCUAGCCAAACGACGGAGGACAACUCGGCAGACAGCGACAGCUCCUCGGAGGAGGACGGGGCGUCGGCCGACUGGUGUCACUGCGCUCUCAUGUCGGAUGGCUUGUUUAUUAAAUGUGACCACUGCAGGGGACUUGAUGGGAGGAAAGCAACGGAUGGCCAGCACAGGAAAACGGAAAUGGUCUCAGCCGCAGAAAGCAGUGCCACCGAAAGCGGCGAUGAAGAAGUCUCCCCUUCCACCGUCUCUUACACUGCCACCCAGCAUACACCCACCAGCAUCAAACUGACUGUCAACAGGGUCAAAAGAAGUAAAUCCAAAAAGAGGAAAAAGAGCGCAGAAAAAGCCAGUGCCACACCAAAGGGCAAGAAAGUCAAAGCUUUUCGGGAGGGUUCUCGCAAGUCUAUGAGGAUGAAGAACUCCACCACGGAGGCCAGCGCGCUGGACGGGAUCACGGCCGAGGGAUGGGAGAGUAGAAUCCGCAAGUGGACGGAGCAAUACGAGGAGGCUUUAGCCAACCAGUACAGCGCCGACGUCCAAACGCUGCUCCGGCUUCGCCGCGCCGUCGGAAGCGCAGAAAGCGGACCCGUCGGUCUUCCGUCCGUCGCCGCCGCCGAUACCAUCGACCGCACCCAGCUGGCCUGUAAUCACACUGUGCUGGGCUCACAGAUGCAGCUGCAGUUGGGACGUGUAACGCGUGUGCAGAAACACAGGAAGAUCCUUCGUGCCGCCAAGAACCUCGACCCUGACGUCCUUAUUAUCGAGUAUCGGGGGAAGGUCAUGCUCAAGCAACAGUUUGAGGUCAAUGGGCAAUUUUUUACAAAGCCCUACCCUUUUGUACUGUUUUACUCCAAAUUCAAUGGCGUGGAGAUGUGUGUGGAUGCAAGGACCUUUGGAAAUGAUGCCCGCUUCAUUCGAAGGUCCUGCGCACCCAACGCCGAGGUGCGUCACGUGAUUGCCGGGGGUAUGAUCCAUCUGUGUAUCUAUGCCAUCGGUCCGAUUGCAAAAGAUGCCGAAGUCACCAUCGGAUUUGAUUACGAGUUCAACAGCUGCAAUUACAAAGUGGACUGUGCUUGCCAUAAGGGAAACCAGAAUUGCCCUGUGCAGAAACAUAACGUGAGCCCCGGGGAGAGCUUAGCGACGGUAGCGCCGCCCUCUCCUUUGCUCGGUGCUGAGACACGGCAGAGAAAGGCCCGCAGAAGAGAACUCCAGGUUUUCCCCAUUAGCGACCACCACCACCACCACCAAGAGGCCAAAGAAGUGCAAAGAAACAGCGAUGCGGAGGGACUGUUGGAUGAAAUGAAGAUGCAAGAGGCUGAGGAAGGAGAGGUGGAUGAAAAUGGAAUUGUCAUCGGCAAUAAAAAAACCGUGAACACUCUGGAAAAGAGACGAAGGAAGACGGGAGCAGAUGUAAAGGAAGAUGGUGUGGAAACAGAAGAGGGAACGACGAGAGCCGCCCCCGUCGCCCAGAACGCAGGAGUGGGCGUUAGCACGCGUCGCGCUACCUAUGUCACAGAAACGAUUGAAGGGAAAUGCUCCUUACCAAAUCUGCCCGCUCCCGUCGCCCCUCCUAAACCGGCACGCUCCGCCAAACCACGUCCCAAAAGCCGAAUGUCUCGGUACCGCUCCAGCUCGACCCAACGUGCCAGGCGGCAACGGCAAGCGCUAGCCCAGCAGGCCGCCGCCGCCGCCGUAGCAGCUCCUUUGCCCGAGCAAAAUGCCGCUCUAGACGAGGACGCUUUUCACGGCCCGUAUGGUUUGGAGUUGGGCCAAAGGGAGAGCGGCGGGAUGGCCGCCGGACAACUCUUAGAUGAAGAUGGCCAGGCUCUUAACUGCAUCAACAGAGGCAAUUUACGCUACCCCAAGACCAAAAAGUACCUGGUGACGGAAUGGUUGAAUGAAAAGAUUCCUGGAGGGGAGAAGAUCCAGCAAGAAGUGACCGUUGAGCGGCCGCUGCGGAUAACCACGGAUCCGACCGUGCUGGCCACCACCCUCAACAUGUUGCCGGGCCUCGCCCACUCUGUCAUCUGCACCGCGCCCAGACACUACAUUCGCUUUGGCUCCCCUUUUAAUCCCGAGAGACGCCGGCCCCGUCCGCUUCAGUUGGACGGCACCUACGGCUGCUUUAAAAAGAGAUGGAUCAAGCAGGUGGAGGACGAGAGCUGUUUAGCCAGCGUGGCGGACGGCACCGAGUCCACCUCCUCCCAACAAAGCACCAGCGGCAGAUCCACCCCCAAUCCCUUUUCCAGCGAAUCCAAUGCACCUUUGAAGAAGCGCCACGCCAAGUACACGACGGAGACGUCGCAGCUAUCCUCUGAGCUUCGCCCGCUGUCGCCCAUCACGCCGCCCCUUCCUGAGGACGAUGCGCUACUUGCGCAUCUUCGCCACCCCUACGGCUCCUCGUUAUCCAACGGCCUGGCGUACUCGCCGAUGACCUCGCUUUCCGUCAGCCGCUGCAACACACCGCUCCAAUUUGAAAAUAUCUCGUCCCCCGAGGCAUCGCCUGUCGACCGGCCAGAGUCCGUCUCUCCGGAGACCGACUCGGAUAACCCUCGGACGCAGCUCCCGGAUCUUUCGCUGUGCUCUCACUCGGCUGGAGCCGCCGAAGAUUUUUUCCUUCCCGGAGCUUCUUUGAGAACCGAUUGCCCAGAUCGAAUGAGUUCCUUCAAGCCGGUGUCGAGUUCGACGUCAGAGCGAACCCUCCUAUCUCGGAAACAGGCUUUCAGGACAGAGUUCAACCUCAUCUACACUUGCUCCCCCCUCAAUGCAAACUUGGGAAACACUGUGGCCGCUGACGAACGCUUCUCUCUAUCUGAAGGAGGCUUCUCCCCUGGAGAGUCAUUACAUAAUUCCUUGAGUGGCCACGGGCUAUUUGGGGACGCAGGUUCUGACUGUACGUCGCCGCCGUACAGUGAACUUCAUUAUGGCGGCGGUGGCGGCGGCUACCCGGAGAGUAGUACGUCUCCUCACAGCCACAACCCACCGCAAAAAAAGAAGGCAAGUUCACAACAUUCUUCUGCUUUAUGAAUUUAGUUUCACUUUUGAAGGAAAAUGGGACUUUGUAACAAGCAGUAGGUAGGCCGUCUGUCAGAAAAUGGUGCAAAUAUGACGAUUAAAGACACUGUAGCUUUUACCCU